ACACUUAUCAUACACAUAUAUUUCAAACCAUAUGCCUGAAGCAAGGAAUAAAGAUUCAAUGGCGAAAACAACUCACAUAGCAGUAAUUUCAAUCCCUGCAUUCAGCCACCAAGCCUCCAUUGUCGAGUUCAGCAAGAGACUCGUUCAUCUCCAUCGCCACUUCCACGUUUACUGCAUCUUCCCGACCAUUGAUGCACCUCCCCCUGCCACACUCGCCAUGCUUGAAUCACUUCCUUCCAAUAUCAACUACAACUUCCUCCCUCCCGUGCAUAAACAAGACCUGUCCCACGACGACGCUCCCUCUAUGGUGCAAAUCGACCUCGCCGUGUCUCAAUCUAUGCCAUCCUUCCGCCACAUGCUGGGAUCUCUUCUCUCAACCACGCCACUCGUUGCCUUGAUUGCUGAUCCUUUUGCGAACGAGGCGCUGGAAAUAGCAAAGGAGUUCAACCUCUUGUCUUACAUAUACUUCCCUCCUUCCGCCAUGACACUCUCAUUAUUCCUCCAAUUACCGGCUUUACACGAGCAAGUUUCGUGUGAAUACAGAGAUAACAAAGAAGCCAUUCAACUUCCAGGCUGUGUACCAAUUCAAGGCCACGAUCUCCCCUCACAUUUUCAAGAUCGAUCCAAUCUUGCUUAUAAGUUAAUUCUAGAGCGCUGCAAGAGACUCUCUCUUGCCAACGGUUUCUUGGUUAAUAGUUUCUCCAAUAUUGAAGAAGGAACUGAGAGAGCCUUGCAAGAACAUAACAGUUCCAGUGUUUAUUUGAUUGGGCCAAUUAUACAAACUGGUCUAAGUAGUGAAUCAAAGGGGUCAGAGUGUGUGGGGUGGUUGGAUAAGCAAAGUCCAAACUCGGUUUUGUAUGUGUCGUUUGGAAGUGGAGGCACACUCUCUCAACAACAGCUUAAUGAGUUAGCUUUUGGAUUGGAAUUGAGUGAUAAAAAAUUCUUGUGGGUUUUGAGAGCACCUAGUGAUUCAGCAGAUGGUGCUUACGUUGUUGCUUCUAAGGAUGACCCUUUAAAGUUUUUACCAGAUGGGUUCUUAGAGAGAACCAAAGGACGUGGCUUUGUUGUUACUUCUUGGGCACCACAGACCCAAAUUCUUAGUCACGUUUCAACCGGUGGGUUUUUAACUCAUUGCGGUUGGAAUUCUGCUCUUGAAAGCAUUGUGUUGGGAGUGCCAAUGGUAACUUGGCCACUGUUUGCUGAACAGAGAAUGAAUGCUGUUUUGUUAACUGAGGGCCUCAAAGUUGCGUUAAGGCCUAAAUUUAAUGAGAAUGGUGUAGCGGAGAGGGAGGAAAUUGCUAAGGUGAUAAAGGGUCUAAUGGUUGGUGAAGAAGGAAAUGAGAUUCGUGAAAGAAUUGAAAAGAUCAAAGAUGCUUCCGCUGAUGCCUUGAAAGAAGAUGGAUCCUCCACAAAGGCACUUUACCAAUUUGGCACUCAGAUGGAGAAAUUUCUGGAACAGCCGUAGUGUAAAUUGUUUAAUGGACAGAAAUAGAUGUAUUCAGUUGCUACUUUGAGAGCCAAAUUUCAUAUUAACUCAAUCUAUUUUGAAUGAUGUUGAAGAGAAAAAUUUACUGUGUUAGAUGAUCACACACUUGUUCAUAUAAUACAAUAUAUUUUAUGUAUAGGAAAAAUUUGAGAGAAUUUUUGAGCUAGUUUAGUUCAUGAUAUAUAGGAGAUUGAUGCACUGAACAUCUAGCAGUGAGAAAAAUCUUUCAUAUCAAAGGAGGGAAGGAAGACUUGGCACACUAAAUGAGUUUUGAAAUUUUAUCACGGGUUAUUUUUUUGCUUUUA